CAGUGAACCGUGUGCAACUGCAGGGUGUUGUAGGUCUCUGAUUUUCCAGUUAGCCCUCAACCGUCAUCAGAAAUCUGCAAUCCAAGGAUCCAAAAUCCACACACUUUGAUUCUUCAAAUUCCCAAAUUUUCAAUUGAUUCUGGGUAUCAACCAUUUUGCAGGAAGUCUUGGAUUAGAAGAAAAUGGACACUCAUAGUGCUGAAGAAACUGAUGGGGUUGAUGUUGAUGUUGUUUCAUCCAAUGGAGAGAUGGUUGAAGAUCAGGGUAAUGGUACUAAUGCAAUGCUAACGAGUCUGGAAUUGAACCUGGCAUGUUUCUCUGAGAAAGUUGUAAACUUGAGCAUCUUUGUGAUGCAUUUGGAAACUUUUGAGGGUGAAUUGGAGGCCUUGUUUCUGGAUAAAGAAGACAAUAUGGAUGUUGAUUGUGUUGGAAAGGGUCUGGAGUUUGAUCUGUUAUGUGGGGUGUUGGGUUCUGAGGUCAGAGAAUUGGGUGUGUUCUUGGACACCCUUCAUGCUGAGUAUGCUGAUGCUCAAGAGAGGGUUUCUUGUAAUAAUCUCUUGGAGGAGAGGCUGAGUGAUUCUGAAGAAAGUUUGAAGCAGUCUGAGGAGCAGUUUGAUGAGAUUAAGAAGCAAUAUUCUAGCUUGCAGAAGACUUUGUCUAAUUAUAAGAGGGAAGAGAAUGGUAAUGUUGAAGAGGGUGGAGAUGUGGUUGAGGAUGAUCAGUCUUUAAAUGUAAACACAGGAAAACAAACUAUUGAGCAACAAAGGAAUAUUCUGAGGAUGCUAGAAAAAUCUUUAGCAAAUGAAAUGGAUCUUGAGAAGAAAUUUAGUGACUCAAAGCAAACUGAAGAAAAGCUAAGACGAAGGAUUGUUUCUCUAGAACAAGAGAUAAUUCUUAUGGAGGAAGAAGCAACCGAGGUUUGGGAAAAAUGGUUUGAGGCAGACAAUGCAUAUGAGAUCCUGAUGGGAAUUUCAAAAGAACUGUUAGGCAAACUCCAGAUUUCUCAGUUCAAUUUGAAUGGUUUGAGGCAGCGCGAAUUUGAUCUUAGAGCUAAGCUAGGAUCUUCUACAGAACAAUUGAAAGAAACUGACAAGGUGAGUUCACUUGAGAAGCAGCUAAAAGAAACUGAAUGCCAGCUACUGAAUGUGAAGGCCUCUGCUGAUAAUUAUCAGGAACAAUAUAAUUUUUUGUCUUCUGAAAUCAGAGACAUGAAAAACCUUGUUAGUCAACUGAAAGAAAAUGUAUCAACUGCAGAGAGUCGGGCUAAUAAUGCCGAAGCUCAUUGUAAAUCAUUGACAGAGACUAAUGAAGAGCUCAAGAAGGAGCUGACUCUUUUGAAAGAUGGUGGCGGCACACCUGAGAUUGUAGAGUCGCUUGAGAAGCAGAUGAGAGAAUCGGAUUUACAACUGCAGCAUGCAGUAGCAUCUGCUGAAGCUAGUCAGGAGAAGCAGAAGAUGUUGUAUUCCACAAUUGAUGAUAUGAAUCAUGUGAUGGAGGAUCUUAAGUCAAAUUUUUCUAAAGCUGAGAGUCGGGCUGAUAGCGCUGAGGAGAAGUGUAUCAUAUUAUCCGAAUCAAAUGCCGAUUUAAAUGAGGAAAUAAACUUCUUGAGGAGUAGAUUGGAGUGCUUGGAGGAAUCACUGCACCAAGUGGAGGAGUCGAAGAUGGCAACUGCAAAGGAUAUUGGAAAGAGGACCAAAGUUUUCAAAAAUUUGGUAACACAGCUUGCUCUUGAGAGAGAGCGUCUCAAUAAGCAGCUGUCUUCCUUAGCAAGUCAGAACAAAAUUUUGGUAGUGAAGCUAAAGCAGACAUAUAAAGAUCCUUCUCAAGAAGUUGGUGUGACUUUGACCACUGACCAGGAGGUGGACCGGACAUGGAAAAAUUUAUCUGCCAAUGAUAAUGAAGUGAAAGUUGCAGAUUCAGUGCCAGAUGUUGAAACUGUGAGGAGAAUAGAUGCAGGAGCAUUGAAUUUUAAGCAUUUAUUCAUAUCAGUGUUUGUCUUGCUGCUUUCAGCUGUGGCUUAUCUGUAUUUCAAGGACAUGGGUUUUGAUGCCAGUUUAUGAAUGGAUUAUCUUCAGGAAUUUAUGCUUUUUUUUGGAAGGUAAGAGGAUGCUAUUCUGAUCUAGGUAGGGAUUUAGGGAAUGAGGGGUAGAGGGACGGAACCCCCUACCUCAGAUAUACCAUAAUGCUUGGUAAGUAGGGGAGGUGCCACUAGGUUACAAGGCCAUUGAUGUUGUAGCUUUUAAUACAAAGCAGUGUAGUAACCAAAUUUUGUUCUAACUGACAAUAUAUUUCUUAUGAGGUAGAUAUGGUCUUCUUUCCUAACAA